CAUUCUGAAAUUUCUUACAUCCAGCCACUGUAUUGCACCUAACUGCAAACUGGUCCCAGUGCACAGCUCCAUAUGUCCCCAGAACAUCUUUUCACUCACAGGGUCAAUACUCCAACGGCGUAGAUUUCGUCCCACUUACCGGAAAUCUAAAUGUACAUAGUGUCAGCUUGCGGGGACUGGAGUGCACACUUGACCCCGGUUUGCAGUUCCACACAUCAUCAGCAAACAUGCCUGGAAACAGAGCUCACCCUGGUCAUCCGCCCCUAUCACAGUUAUUUGAGAAUUACGAGAAAGACUCGGGAAAACAACCAAACCGAGCUGCUGUUGCCCACAGUCUAAGAAACUUAGCCGAUCGGCAUAGACUGUCUGUCACCGAUCAGGAGAUUGACAAAAUGGCGGAAGUCAUUAUUCAGAAUCCGCGAGAGGUGAUGACCACCGCACCAGCAAAGGAAACGUCACAUCCGGCGGCGCCCGUAGAUACUGUAGAUUCCCAUCCGCAUACACUGGGUCACAAACUUUCUACUUUCUGGAGAUGCUAUAAACGUCAGAUUAUGUGGAUUGUAUUAUUUUAUUUAUUCCAAAUCUUUGCCUUUGGAAUGGGCGUGUACCAUUAUGUAUACGUCAUGCUGGCGAAUCCGCAGUUGAAAUUUAGUGUCGGCAGCUUAAUUGGUAUGGGCUUCGGAAUGGUACUGCAGGUAAACUGUGGCAUACUGAUGCUGGGACCGGCACUUCGAUGGAUCAUGGGAUCGCUGCGAAAAACAUGGUUGUCCAGGUUUUUUCCAUUUGAUUCGGCCAUCACUUUCCAUAUUAUCAUAGCUUCGACCACUUGUGUUGCCAUAGCAGGACACAUAACCGCUAUGAUUAUUUCGUUUUAUCAAUCUGCAGUACACGAUCCAAUAUGGCGGCAUUUCAAUAUCACUUUAACGGCAGUAUUAACCAAGUCAGGCCUCGCUGGGUCGGAUUUCCUUGGUUUUACCGCAAUAAGUGGAUGGAUUGCCUUAUCAUGCAUUGCGGUGAUGACAUUUUUCGCUUUACCUCCAAUCCGUCGUUCUUGCGCGUAUGACUUGUUUUACUGGACGCAUAAACUACAGUUUGUCGUUUGGGCUGCUUUAAUUGUACACGCACCGGACUUUUGGAAAGUGUUCAUUAUCCCAUUUUGUUUAUAUCUUAUCGAAAAAAGUCGCAAGUAUAUCAAUGCGGUGCGAUGGAGCAGAACCAGUCAUAUUACCGAAGUGAAGCUCUUUCCUGCGGAGGUGACUAACUUGGUGAUCAAACGACCGAACGGUUUUAAUUACAUGCCAGGGGAUUACUGUUUUCUAAAAAUUCCAUCCCUUGGCAUAUUUUCGUGGCAUCCGUUUACUGUGAGCAGCAGUCCUGACCAAAUAGAGUCUAUAACGUUCCAUAUCAAAGCUUCCGGAAACUACACAAAAAGCUUAAGAAGCAAAUUCGAGAAACGGCUGGAUUUUACUACAACAAACAAGGAUACCAAUCCAUCCAAUGUCAUUGUUAUUGAUCCUACAAACAGAGCUGCAGGGUCAGAGAUAGCAUUAACUAUUAACAACGGAAAAGGUUUCUUGACCAACUUGGACGUGCCGGUAUUCGUGGACGGGCCGUACGGCAGCACCAGCAGGGAAUUGUUUCGCUCCGAGCACGCUGUGUUGAUAUGUGCCGGUAUCGGUGUCACUCCUUUUGCAUCGGUUUUAAGUUCCCUCUUAUCAGAAUUCAAACGAAACAACCACUCCAAAUGUCCUAAUUGCGAGCAUGAAUUCCCAACUAUAACGCCCUCCAUUCCUAUGCGAAUCGAUGGACGUCGUUUAAAGUUACGGAAAAUUGAGUUUAUCUGGGUGAUAAGAGAAAUCGAAAGUAUGGAAUGGUUUCAUGACCUUUUCCAUGCGUGGGAAAUGCAACAAUCCGGGUUUGGGAAAACCUCUUCAGUAUUCCUAAACUGUCAUAUUUAUGUCACCACAGGCAAACAGAAUGCGCAUACCAGCAGCAGGUGGACGAUCGGCAGCGAUAAUUUGACAAUGUCCGUUCGGCCUGGGCGACCCAACUGGCCGAAAGUGUUCACCGAUCUGGACGCUCAGAAACGCGGGAAGGUGAAUGUGUUUUAUUGUGGAACACACGCUCUCGAGGAUCAAAUACGGAAUCUGUGCGGCCAACACAAAUUUGGAUUUUCAUGGGAAAAUUUUUGAAAUAAUGUGCACAAACUGAUCGCAGCUGCUCGAUUAAUGGCGAUUACCGAACGUUACCGACGCACGUGUAUUGCUGAACAAAUAAUUACAGGAGGCAUGUUUUGGAACAAAAAUUAUGGUAUUUAAGAAAAUGGGUCCGAAAUGACUGAUUUUUAUCGCAAAUUACUGUGGUACACGCUAAUUCGCGAACAAUCAUUUAACAGGGAUCAAAUGGAAUUAAAUCUGCAUCCCUGUGCAGUAAUCUGGACGAUAUGUGGCAGCAUGCAAUAAAAGCAUAGUCAUUAACGUAUUAUCAAUCAAGAAACUGGAAAUCAGAAGAAUAAAACAACAAAAUCUAUUAUUCAACAAACGAUAACAAAACUGGCGACCAAACAUCAGCAAGCUAUGUUCUUGUGCUCGGGUAUAUGUCCGCAUCGUGUCAUCACAAAGAAAGACAAAAUCUACAACUCUUCUUUUGCUAUGGGAUCCAACUCGAUAUCAUCCAAGUUAAUAUCCUCCUCUACGGGCAAUUUCCCGUCCUUCCCAUCCCACGCCUCA